CGCCUGGUGUAGUGUAUCUAUCGUUUCAGCAAUGGCGUCAAACGCACGUGUCGUGUGUUGGUCAAAUCGCGAGGAAUGGACCCAAACAUACGAGUAUUUGUACAGUUUUCAUGACAUUUCCUUACAAAGGAGAGGUAUUGCAAGGGUUUUGGCAUGGAAAAGUCGCAGUGGCGGCAAGCUUCCUCUAGCUGUUGAAAGCACGGCCAAUUUGAUCUCUGCCCUUCUCGAAAGCCAAACUGCCCAGUACUCAUACUCUUCACAAAUGACUAUUUCCAUGGCUUUAGUAAGAUUCGUGAAUGGAUUCACUGACAAGAGUCAAAAGGGUGUUUACGCACGAUCUGUGCAAUCUAUAGCAGAUGAAAUCGGCCUUCCUGAUUGGUUGGUUGACUUGAGGCAUGAAUCAACACAUGCUGCUAAAUUGCCUUCCCAGCAGACUUUGUGUGCUGGGGUAAAGGUAGCGCUCGAUUGGCUGGAAGAAGGAUAUUGGAAGGCACAAAUGAGGAUGCAUAGCGAUGCUGAGGAAAAAUUGCCAGCGUUACUGGAAAAGUACAGGGAGACAAUAGGACCUCUGGUGGGUACAAAGAAGGCCAAGCGGAUUGCGCACACGAGUUUGCCACUUGUGCAGGAAAUUGUUAAUCUGGUCCUUUCUAACAAUCUUUGGUCUUCCCUUCAAGCCUGUCUCUUGGGUGACGGUCUGCUGACAUCACUGCCAGGAACCUGUUCCCCUGACACAGAGAGUGCAUUUUUAUCCGUUCAAAAUGAGCUAGUCACUAUUUGGAAACCACUGUUUGUAGCGCUGGACAAGGAAUCAAGUGAAUUUAUUCCUGGGCUGCUACUAUCAAUCUUGACUUCUGAUGGGCAUAUCCAGCAACCCAGUAAAGAUCAAAUGAAUGUCAUGUGCUGGGCUAAAUGGAUCAUCCAGUCAUUCUCACACACUCAGCCUUAUUUUACCUGUGACAUGCCAUGGCCUGCUGUAUUAGAGGCUUCACUUCUAAGGCCAGUAGCCUUUACCAAGACAAUUGUAGAACUAGUUCUUAAACAAUUACCAACGCUAUCAGAGUCAUUAGUGGGCCAGGUGUUACGGUGUAUGGAUAUCUACUCCGGUCACUUUUUAUGCAGUGUUGAUACAGGUGAUUUUGUUACUGAGGAGAUUUUAAGUGAAAUGCUACAGAAAAAGCAUGAAAGGUAUUCCAAGAAAAACAAAGGUAUCUGUGGUUCUGAACAUGGAUGGACAGUUUCGCACACAAACACACAAUGGCAUUUGAUCCCUUUUGGUGAAAUUCUUGGAACAUCAAGCCAAGAUAGCUCUUUAGAGCUUCAAGACUUUGACUGUGCCACAUGCCAAGCACCGGGUAGACAGAGCGACCAGAAUGGACCCCUAAAUGUGUUUCAUUCCAUGGAAGAGGAGGAGGAUAGCUCUAGUUGUCAGGACGAUGAAGAUGACACUGGUGUGUGUUCUCUGGACGACACCUUGCCAGAGGAUGGGAUUGCUGCUAUGGAGACAGAUCUUCUUAAUGUGAAGGAAAUACAGCAGCAGAUUGUCUUGUUCUGACAGGUAGGUAGAUAAAACAGAUUAUAAUAACAAGUUCACCAAUUUUUUUUUUACCUGAUGGGCAGGUAGGUAAAAUAUAUUAAUGAUUCAAUAUAUAUGGUGAUAUGUAAUGGAUUUUUUUUUUCUGACAGGCAGGCAGUAAAUGGAAUAGUUAUAAUAAUAAUGGGUUUGUUCUGACCCGACAAGCAGUUAGAUAAAAUAGCUAUGCUUUGAUAUCUAGAGAUGAAACAGGUUUUGUAAAAAUACUCCUCAAAGCGCCUUCCCUAAUAAGCACCUUGACUUAAAAAACUAAAUAAGCUCCAAGGCACAUAAAAGACCAAUUACUGUAAGCAGGACAUAGCUAGAGAUGCUAGAACUGUGACCAAGCCAACAUCUCUUGGAGUGAAUAUCUUCUUUAUUAUUGCAAGUCUUAAAUUUCGCAAAAAUUUUCUCGCCACAUCUCGCGAGUCUUUAAUUUAAGCGAUCGCGGAAAAAAACUUAUUACAGGGAAUUUAAUUUCGCGAAAUUGAAGUUUAGGUGGCUUCAGUUUUUCUACAAAAAAUAACUUUAACCCACAACUGAAACGAGACCAAUAUGUUGAAACACGCUGUUCCUGUAAUGUUCUUGCUCUCUCGCUCGAGCAUCAUUACAUGUCCUCACUAAGAGAUCUCAAUAAAUGAUUUUUCUGUAUCCAUUAGAUUCCGCGAGAUCCUAAUUUUAUUUUAUUUUCACUGAAAUUUAGAGACAAAAUGGUUCCCAUGUUAAAGUGUUCUAAAUUGUAGAAAAUUAUAGAUCUAACAAUUAAUUAUCACAAUUGAAAAAAACAGCGUAUCCUUGAUCAUGCUCACCGUAUUCUCGUUUUUUUAACGAGAAGGCUUUGUUUUUUAAAAAUCUCCCAAAUAAAACUUUAAAAAUAUACGAGAUAAUUUCAUUUAAGCGCUUUUCACGUUAAUUGGUGUCACUAAAACCGCGCGAAAAGGUGGGAGAGUGACAGUCGCGCGAAACCUUGCGCGCGAAAAAGUUACACAAGUUUCUUUUGCGUCACGAGUUGCAGGAAAGUAGAAUUGGUUUAUGAGUCUCUACCCAGGUGCGUAGCCAGGGGGGUGGUAAAGGGGGGCUGCUCCCCCUCCCUUUUAGCAGCCAAAAUACAGUAAAUGUAUGAGACGUUAUCUAAAAUACACGAGAAAAUACCUUGAAAGCCCCUUUUGGGUCCCCUCUUUACAUCUGGGUCCCCUCCUCGUAACAUUGCCAGACAAAUCGAGGAAGGUAAAGUAUCAGACUUCAAAUGUGGAUGGAUAAUUAUUUUGAAGGUUUAUUUUUGGCAACUAAACCUUUUACUUUGAUAUCUAAACAGUAACAAAGGAGUGGUCUUGAGAUCCACUUGAAUCGCUGGAAAAUUCGAUCCAUCCUACAAUAGACGCGACUGCAUUCGGAAUCACUGAAGCACAGGAUAGUCUAUGGAUGAUUAAAUUUUCUAAAAUAUGAGACAUUUAAUGUGAAAAUAAACAUUAAAAUAAACCUGAUAGGGAUGCUCGUCGUAUUUUUCGGGGUCUCGGGUAUUAUAGGGGGUAUCUGAGAGAAAAUAGGUCUAGUAUGGCUUGUAAUUUUUGCCUCUGGGGUAUUAUUUACGUUAACAUCUUUUAGCGUGCAGGUAUUUUUCGAAUUUCCCGAUGAGCAUCGCUAUCACUUUUACCCUAGAGGGUACACGAAAUAGCACGCUUGGGGCUUAAAAAAUAACUUAGUUGUGAGACAACAUUUAAUAGAUGAUAUGAAUACAUAUAAAAGGCGCAUGAAGUUAUGGUUGGAUAAUUCAAGUGAACUCCGCCCGCCUAAAUAAGGAGAAAAAGACCGCUGAUCCGUGUAUCCCUGACGUGUGAGUAAAGAAAUUCAAUACGCUUGGCUGGCUGCGGGCUCAAGCGAUAACGUGUUAGGCAAAGUUGACACCCUGUUGAAAACUCUGAUAUCGAUCUGAUAUAUCCACAACUUCUAUCAACCUUGGGAAAUAUUUUCUCUGUAAAUCAACUUGAACUUUCAAGUUGAAAAUACCUUAGGGACUCAGGAAUUGUUUGCUAUGCUGAAAGGGUUGUAUGUGAUGUUUUCGGUUAGAAUCGCGAGACGUGGGAUUCGUUAUCGCCUCGAGGGGACCGUUUAUCGCUGUGACGUAACCUUGAGCUCAUCAAAUGAUUUCCGCUGAUGAGUGCGGGCAGUGGCUUGGAGUCUACCAGCCGUAGCUCCGCUAAAACGCGCCUCAGAGACCUUUCUUACUAAUAGGAUAUACAUAUACAUGAUUUGGCACAGCAUGCUUGAAAAUUCUGGCAGAUUUUUGAGACAUGGUGAUAGAGGUUUUCCGGUUUGGGCGAAAUAAAACCGAAAGCGAAUCACGAGUGGUAGAUUAGGCAAAUAGCAUCGAUAAAAUUUGGAGGAAUAGUUUAAAUGUUUAACGUCAAGAAGUUGUUUAUCCGAGGCUGCAAAGCUUCAGACGUGAACCGAGGAGUGAAGGCCAUUGUUUUUGGUUUAUUAAUGUUGUCUUUAAUGUAAAUAAACCUAGCCAAUAGGACAGCCGAGUUCUGUUAAAAGUGACACAAACAAGGCACCCCGAUAUUGCAUACAAUUUACGGAAGCCCUAGUUUAUAAUUAAUCUAGCGAUAGGCCCUCACCCCUCAAACCACCGGUUGUCACUCCCCCCAGGAUCACACACGCUCAAGUCAACGCUGUUAUUCCUGAGUUUCAAACUAAAAGCCUUCCAAAAUGUCUCUCACGGCAGUAAAGGAGAAAAUGCAGAUGAUUAAGGACUCAAUUGAUGAGGCCGAAGAGAGAGAAAGUAAUGCCAAGUUGGAA